GGUAGAAGAUAGAGCACAAACUCAUACACACAAAUCAUUGCAUAUAUGUGCACAUAUAUAUAUAGUGUUAUAGAGAAGUAGUAAGUAUCUCACGGGUCGAUUUUCUCUACAUCAACAGAGUUCAGCGGCAUUGUCAGUGCUGUCAGCUGACGAAAGAAUUGGACGUAGUAACAAUAAAAAAUGUCGUUCGGGGAAAAAAUAGCAUCAAUAAUGGAAAGGCCUGGCCAGGAUCCUGUCGCUAAGGACGAUACUCCUUGGUGGAUGAAGUAUGCUGGGCGAGGGCUCGGCACUGUAGGCGGUUUCAUCGCUAUCUUCCUCGGAGUGUGGAAUUGUGCAACAAUAUUAUUUGCUUCAAUAAUCUGUUUUCUUAGCGGUAUAUGGCAAAUGGUUGCUGGUUUUAUAGUUUUGAUGAUUGAAGCACCUUGUUGUUGCCUUUUCAUUGAUUUUGUACAAAACUUAAGCGAUAUGGUGGAAAACAAACCUUAUUGGAAUAAAGCGGCUGCUUAUUGCAUAAUAGCAUUGCCACCAAUUUUCCUUUGUCCAGGAAUAAAUAGUAUACUUGGUAGUGGGUUUAUUUUUGCUACUGGUAUAAUAUAUGGAUUAAUGUCAAUUGGCAGAAAAGGAACCAGGCCCGACCCGGCAGGAAUGACGUCGUCGGGUGUGGGAUCCCCACAGGGUACAGUACCUCCUACUACAGAUCACCAUACCACACUCAUGGAGGAUCCUGAUGUCUGGAGGCCUACAUAAAACAUCAGAUAUUCAUUGUACCACUUCACUAACCAGAGCAUCAUGGGGAGAAAUGAGAUCAGCAGCAAUGGAAACAUCAGCUCCUUCAUCAAGUAUGCAAUCAACGCUCGUUGAAAAUGCUCAAUCAAUGGGCUUUAGUAGUAAACCAGAUAGUAAUGUUUGACACUUAACAUGCAUUGGCAACAAAAUUCGAUAUUUCGUGUGAAUGGUGGUGUGUAAUAAUGACCUGGUCAAAUAAUUGUCUAUUAGGGCUAUGAACAUCUAUCAUAAAAUAUGAUAUCCAUUGCACUAAUGCUGAUGUCUUAUAUUAAAAUUUUGAUGUUUAAGUAAACAGUUAAUUUUGUUUUAAAUGUGUGACCAACAAAGCUAGAUACAUGCUAUUUUACUUGUAUCUACAUAUAAUCAAAAAUGGAAAACGGUUUAGUAUUAGUCCUAUAUUUUCCUCAUUUACACCCGAUAGUUAAAUUAAUAUUAAAUCGUUUUACAUUUUUGUAUAUCUGUAGUAUACCUUAGAUUACUUAUAAAAAUUCUGUUGGCCUACCUUGUUCAAACCUGUUUUAUUUAGUAUGAAGGAAUUUAGAAUUAGAUAAUAAAUAUACAAGGUCUGCAUUGUUAAUUACAGCUGAUAUAUAGAAAAUGAAUAUACUAUUAAGCUCUACACUAUGCUAAUCUUCUUUACAGCUUUAUUAAGUGCUAGUUGUUGCAUUUUCAUCAUUGCAUCUUUCUAUAACACCUAUUUAUCCAAAGUUAUUUUAUUUGAAAAGAAAAAGAGAACAAACAGAAUUAAAAAUUGUCAAGAGCAAUGGCAUAGUUCAUAUAUUAUCUAUACAAAAUUUGAUUAAACAUACAUAUUUUUCAUAUCAUAAAUAUAGUAUAUGAGUAUGAUUGAAUUGAAAGAAUAUAUUUACUUGCAAAUAGUCUCUCAAUGGUUAAAUAUAAUUGAAUGAUUUUGAAAGGCUUCUUAUAUCAUCUUUAAUGGUAUAACAAUGAUUAUAUAGCUCUUAUAGUUGAAUGAGUCAUUAAUAUUAAUUUUUAUGGUUUAUUAUCGUUAUAUUCAAGUUAUAAAUUCUUUAUGACGAUUGUAUUGUAUAUAGAAGUGAAUUUACAUCUUUCUUCCAUUAGUUCUCAUGUUUAUAUUCUUCCUGUAUGAAAAGCCUGAAGUAACAAAAUGAUAUUAGGAUAAUUAAUGACAAUUCAUUUGUUAUUUAAGUUUAAUUAUAUACUUUUGUGAUUCAACCUGUUACUGAUUUUUUUUAUUUGACUUAUUUUGUGAUACAAUUCGAUAGACUGGACUACUGUCACACUUUUUUAUGUGUGGAUAGGAAGCUAUAAUUAGGAGUUUCUUAACAUAUUCCUGUACUAUUAAUAAGUAUCACAUUUGGAACUUUAUGUUCUAAUAUUCGUAACUGUUGUAUCUAAUGCCAAAUGUGCCAACGUGCAAAUCCUGUUUUUUAUUAUCUUAAUAUUCUUUAGAAUUUUUAUUUACAACAUUUCGAUAGACUAUUAAUAUCAAGUUAAAUAUGUAAUUUUAAAUUGCAACUUUAUUCAAAGUCAUUUUCUUCCUACAUUCCUUGCUAACAAAAUUUCAUUUAUUCAUGCAAGAUAAAAGACUCAAAAUGAUUCAUUUUAUCAUCUUAUUUAUUAAUUACAUAAAAAUAAUCAUUGUGCGUUGUGAUUAACAGAAUUGUCAUUAAAGUUUUAAUGAUAAAUGCAUAAGUAUGCAUAAGUAUGCAUUCUUAUGUAAUGUAACAAAUGAAUAAUAUGUAUUAUAGUGAAUUUGUUUAUGAAAUUAAAUGUUUCUCAAUUUGUAUUUGUAUUGUAAUAUCAGGUCAAUACAUCUAAAAGAUUACGCAAACUUUUUAAACUUCAUUGGUAUGUCAAGAACAUUAACAAUUGUAAUAAAACAUUACCAUUCAUAAUUUAAAAUAUAAUUCAUGUCUAUACACAUACACUAAAAAUAUAUUAUAAUAUAGAAAACAUUCACUUAUAUAGACAGAGGAUGUAUGAAAUUCAGAAAAGUCGAAAAAAAAGUUUUACAAUGUUCUUCUUAUUUUAUUCAACGACAUACUUAAUUACGAGUAUAAUAAUUUAAUUAGUAUUUUGUAUUUGCUUUCUGUCAUUUAAUAGUAAAAUAUAUAAUUUAUUAUCUUCAACAGAAAUCGGUAAUAGGGGAUGAUAUUAGAUUAUAAGCUAGCUGAAUACAGAACGGAUUUGUAUGACUAUGAUUUGUGUUGACUUAGGAAAAUUAUAUGCUGGGCAAACCUCCCACACAACAGUUAUCGUUGAAUUGAAAUGUGGUUAAAGAAUAAACAAUACUGCAAUGUAUAGCAGUUAUUAGAUAGUUAUGUAAUUAAUAGAUAUAAAAUAAAUACAUAUGCUACUUUUA